AACUGCCACAACAAAGAAAAGAGGAAGAAGAUGGCGAGAGAGUUGUUACCCUGUUUGGCCAUGAUCUUGGUUCAGUUUGGGUUUGCUGGAAUUAACUUGAUAUCAAAGCUCGCCUUAGACGCAGGAAUGAACCCUUUUGUCCUUGUUGCUUAUCGACAGGUCUUCUCCGCCCUUACUAUAUCCCCAUUCGCUUAUUUGUGGGAGAGGAAAACCAGACCAAGGGUCACCAUACAAAUUCUUUGUCAGAUUUUCCUGAGCUCCAUUGUUGGGGCAACAUUGAAUCAGUGCCUUUUUUUUCUUGGACUCAAAUUUACAACAUCAACAAUAGCAUCUGCAUUGGGCAAUUUACUACCAGCAAUCACCUUCAUCAUAGCUGUUCCUUUUGGAUUGGAGAGAGUGGGAAUCAAGAAGAGAUCAGGGAAAGCUAAGGUAUUGGGAACAAUAUUAUGUGUUGGUGGUGCCAUGUUAAUGUCAGUUUACAAAGGCAGAUUCAUCAACAUUAUGGAAUCCAGCAUCCAUUGGAGAUAUGCUGAGAGUAUGCACAAGACAGAUUCUAGCACUAAAUCCAAUAUGUUUUUAGGUCCCUUGCUUAUAUUUGCAGGUUGCAUCGCUUGGUCAUUAUGGUUUAUAAUCCAAGCUAAAAUGAGCAAGACAUUUGUAGCUCCUUACUCAAGCACGGCCUUACUAUGUUUCAUGGCUAGCAUUCAAUGUGGAGUCAUUGGAAUAUGCGUGGAGCACAAUAUCUCUGGAUGGUCUUUAAAGUCUCACAUUAGACUCAUCACAGCUCUAUGCUCUGGAGUUGUGGGAUCACUAGUGAUUUGCAUCAUGUCAUGGUGUAUAGAGAAGAGAGGUCCUCUUUAUGUUUCCAUGUUCAACCCACUAGUGCUCGUCAUUGUAGCUGUAAUGGGUUGGGCAAUACUCAAUGAGAAAUUAUAUAUGGGAAGUGCUUUGGGGUCAGCAUUGAUAGUGGUGGGACUUUACGUUGUUCUACGGGGGAAGGAGAAAGAGAUGGAUCGCAUAAGCAUAGACAAUGGGUUGAGAUAA